AACCCCUCAAUAUUAAAUUAGUUAAAUAUUAUACGUCUCGUUUAGUUUAACCAAUGGAACAUUAGAUUCUCCAAUUUUUUUAUGUACAUACUUCAACUGAUUUUUGCAUUUUGUCUUCAUUUACUAUAAAUUGCAGUACAACUGAAAGUUGUGAAGAACAAGGAUUGGUCACAAACUGUACUUUUGUUUAUUAAAGAAUGGAGGAAAAAUAUGAGCUUUUGAAGGAACUUGGUGCUGGGAAUUUUGGAGUGGCAAGGUUAGUUAAGGACAAGAAGACAAAGGAGCUUUUUGCUGUCAAAUAUAUAGAAAGAGGGAAAAAGAUUGAUGAGAAUGUGCAGAGAGAAAUCAUAAAUCAUAGAUCGUUGAGACAUCCGAACAUUGUUAGGUUUAAAGAGGUCUUGGUUACUCCAUCGCAUUUGGCAAUUGUUAUGGAAUAUGCAGCAGGUGGAGAACUUUUUGGUAGAAUAUGCAGUGCUGGCAGAUUUAGUGAAGACGAGGCUCGCUUCUUCUUCCAACAGCUGAUAUCCGGAGUCAGCUACUGUCAUACCAUGGAAAUUUGUCACAGGGACUUGAAGCUGGAAAACACUCUUCUUGAUGGAAGUCCUUCACCACGUCUAAAAAUAUGCGAUUUUGGUUAUUCCAAGUCUGGAUUGCUGCAUUCACAACCAAAGUCGACUGUGGGAACACCUGCUUACAUUGCCCCUGAGGUCUUGUCACGGAAGGAAUAUGAUGGGAAGAUCGCAGAUGUGUGGUCAUGUGGAGUGACACUGUAUGUAAUGCUAGUAGGAGCAUACCCUUUUGAGGAUCCUGAAGAUCCGAAAAACUUCAGGAAAACCAUUGGGAGAAUAAUGAGUGCUCAACACUCCAUACCUGAUUAUGUACGAAUCUCAGCAGAUUGCAAGAACCUCCUUUCGCGUAUCUUUGUUGCAAAUCCCUCUAAGAGGAUCACUAUUCCUGAGAUAAAGAAACACCCCUGGUUCUUAAAGAAUCUGCCAAAAGAACUGAUGGAUGUUGAGCAUGCCAAGUACGACGAAGCUUCAGAGCAACUACAAAGUGUGGAAGAAAUCAUGAAGAUGAUACAAGAAGCUAAAAUACCUGGAGUAGUGUCAAAAUCUGAAGGGAAAGAUCUUGCAGGGACAACAGAACAAGAUGAUACAGAGGAAGACCUCGAAUCGGAAAUCGACAGCAGCAAUGACUUUGCUGUUUAUGUCUGAGGAUGACAUUUUAUCAAUUGGACUAAUAAGAGAAAAAGUUGUAAUAUGUAACUCUUUGAAUUGUUUAUUAUGGUUGUAUAGAAGAGUUAUGCACAAAACUAUUUACUGAGUUCUAAGGUGUGCAUUUCAAUUUGUUAGAUAGAUGUAAUGUUGCUACAAACUUACUUUUUUUUCUUUCUAUUUUAUAACUUUUGAAGUGCUAUCUAUUGUAAUGUUUUCUGGUUCCACGGAUCGAAUUUGAAAUCUCUAGCUUAAAUGAAGAGAUUACGACCAUCAUAUUACACGUUAUAGUUAGUAUUGAAAUUAUAAUUUUCG